AUAGAGCGUGGGGGUUAGCAGCGCUUGGCAGCGAAGUGGGCUUGGAACUUUCCAGAAACAAAUUAUAAACCCAAAACCUCGAAAGUACCCCUUUCCCUUCUAGAACUUCUUCGGAAGAAUGCCGGGGCGGUUUCGUCAUUGUGAAUAACAGCGCCGCGGGGUCGCUUGAGAAAGAAGGUUUCAUGAUCCGAGUUGGACCUUCGCCUUCCUUAAAUUCCGCUUCUUCCUCCCAAAUUUCGGCGGUGGCUGAGCAGAAACCGAAGACGGAAAAAAAUGUCCCAGAACGGGAAAUUGACGCCGAACCUGGACCAGCAGAGCACGAAGCUUCUGAAUCUGACGGUUCUGCAGCGAAUCGACCCCUCCGUCGAGGAAAUUCUCAUCACCUCCACUCACGUCACCUUCUACGAGUUCAACACUGACCUUAGCGAAUGGAGUCGCAAGGACGUCGAAGGAUCGCUCUUCGUGGUCAAGAGGAAUGCGCAACCUCGGUUUCAGUUCAUUGUGAUGAACCGGCGGAAUAGUGAAAAUUUGGUGGAGGAUCUCUUGGGAGAUUUUGAAUUCGAAGUCCAACAUCCAUAUCUAUUGUAUCGAAAUGCGGCUCGAGAGGUCAAUGGUAUUUGGUUCUACAAUCCAAGUGAAUGUGAGGAGGUGGCAAAUAUGUUUAACAGGAUUCUUAGUGCAUAUUCCAAGGUACCUCAAAACUCAAUGGUAUCACCAACAAAGAGUGAGUUUGAGGAACUGGAAGCAGUCCCAAGCAUGGUUAUUAUGGAUGGUCCUUUGGAGCCAUCGUCAUCAACUGCCUCUCAUGUCACAGACAUUCCGGAUGAUCCGGCUUUUGUGAACUUCUUCAGUACGGCUAUGACUAUCAUGAAUUCUUCAACUACAGCAAUUACCGGACAGCCUUACCAAUCAUCUUCGACAACCUAUCUACCUUCUCAUCCAUUCGGUGUUGCACCUUCAAGUAUUCCUGGCAUGCAAAUUCCAUGUGCUCCACUGCUAUCAUCGACAACUUUAUCCCCUUUCGUUGACCUCCCUGAAUCCCAUAACACCACCAACUUGGCCAGUAAUCUUGUAAAGCCAUCUUUUUUUGUUCAUCCUUCCUCUUCAGCAACAACGAUGCCAGCUGUCACUGCAUCAAGCCGUGCUGCUUCUCUUCUUCACCCUGCUGUAAGUGUGCAACGUCCAUAUGGUGCUCCUUUGUUACAACCUUUUCCACCGCCAGCCCCUCCACCAUCUCUCACAGCUGCUUCUUUCCCUCCUAACUAUGGGCCACUUAAUAGAGAGAAAGUACGAAAUGCACUCAUGCUGCUUGUACAGGAUAAUCAAUUCAUCGACAUGGUAUACGGAGCACUCCAGAAGGCACACCACUCGUAACCUUUUCGGAAAAGCUUUACUGUCAGCAUGUUAACGCAGGCCACUGAACACCUACAGGAAGCAGCACAGGCUAGAAGCUGGUUUGUGUUUUGUUCAUUGUGUGCCUUGUUUAAAACGCGUGCGUAUGAUGUAUAGGAUUUCGAUUCUCAUUCUCAUGAGAGGGGAAGUUCGAUAUAGGGGUAUGUUGAGUUUUAAAUUUGUCUGUGCCAUGUAGUUUUGAAUGUUUGUCUAGUCUUUAUUUGAUGCGCGAGUAAAGACCCUUGUAUUCUGAGUAAUCUUACUCCCCUAAACACCCCCUUUGCCCGAGCAAGUGAAUAUUAAAUCCAUAUUGAAAUGUGCUAGUUGCGGACUGUUAAGUGCCCGUCAACCUUCAGACUUUCAUAUACGGAUCUAUCGACUGCCAAGGAUGUGUUGUCCAUGGAAACUGUUAUUAGCACUUAGUUUGAGAUUGAUGUGCUUCUUUAAUAAACUGCUUCUGCUCUACUUUAAGAAUAA